ACUCUCUCAGACACACACACACACAGAGACGGACAACAGUGCUGAAGUGGACAACUCAUCGCUCAUCGGAAGAGACAAGUGAUCGACUGGUCGGAGGAGAGAGAGACUGAGAAGAGAAUACUUUUGAAACAGCGUGACGAUGCUGUGUCCUGCGUGGUUAUUGGCUGUGGCUGUGGUGGGUGUGGUCAGCGGGGUUAAAGGUCAGUGCUGGGAGAAUCCUCGCUGUCAAGACCUCAACUCUGAGAACAGCAUCCUGGAGUGCAUCCAGCUCUGUCGUUCUGACCUCACCGCCGAAUCUCCCAUCUUCCCUGGCGAGGUCCAUCUCCAACCCAACUCCCCCUCUGACUUUCCUCCCCCCACCUUACCUCUGUCCCCCCCCUCUCCCCUGUCCCCCUUGGAGCAGCAGAACAUUGUGUCCCCCCAGGCCAAGCGUUCCUACUCCAUGGAACACUUCCGCUGGGGGAAGCCUGUGGGAAAGAAGCGCCGCCCGGUGAAGGUUUACACCAACGGUGUGGAGGAGGAGUCCUCCGAGGGCUUCCCCAGCGAGAUGAGACGAGAGCUGGGCACCAACGAGGCCAUGUACCCCUCCCUGGAGGCUGGGGCUGUGGAAGGGGGAGAGGGCCUGGGGGGCGAGGCAGAUGGCCUGGGUGGGGUGUUUAGUCUUCAGGAGAAGAAAGACGGCUCGUACAAGAUGAACCACUUCCGCUGGAGCGGACCGCCCGCCAGUAAGCGCUAUGGAGGGUUCAUGAAGAGCUGGGACGAACGUAGCCAGAAACCACUGCUCACGCUGUUCAAAAAUGUCAUCAUCAAAGACGGACAGCAGAAGAGAGAGCAGUAAGGGGGGGAGAGAGGGGAAGGGACGAUAGGUGAGCUGAAGAGGGGGGAGGGAGAGAGGGGAAGGGAGGAUAGGUGAGCUGAAGAGGAAUACCAUUAUCAGGCUUGAGGGAGAGAGGACAUGGGGGGUUGAGGGAGGGAGAGAGGACAUGGGGGGUUG